AUGGCUCAAAACGAGAGCGAGGUCCACAUGGUGGAGAACGGCUAUGAUCCUGAAAAUGAACAAAAUAAAAAUCAGGAGAACAAGAAGCUGAAGCAAGAAGUGGGAGUGUUGUCUAUGGAGAGGUUAUUUGAAGACCAAGAGGUGCCAUCAUGGAGGAAGCAACUGACCAGGAGAGCCUUUGCGGUGAGCUUUGUGCUGAGCAUACUUUUCACCUUCAUAAUUAUGAAACUCAACCUCACCACAGGUAUUAUACCUGCCCUCAAUGUACCUGCUGGUCUCUUUGGAUUCUUCUUUAUCAAAACUUGGACCAAGUUGCUUCACAAUUCUGGCCUCUUGAAGCAGCCCUUCACCAGGCAGGAAAACACUGUCAUCCAGACCUGUGUUGUGGCUUCUUCGGGCAUCGCCUUUAGUGGUAUGCCUUCCUUCCGAGCUUCAAUCAUCUCUUAA